AUGAGAAAAAUAUGGAUGUUGGAGCUAAUAUCUUUGUGGGAAAUCUCGAUUCAGAGGUCGAUGAAAAGCUUCUAUAUGAUACUUUCAGUGCAUUCGGUGUUAUUUUACAAGUCCCCAAAAAUCAUGCGUGAUCCGGAAACUGGCAACAGUAAAGGUUUUGCGUUCAUUAACUUUGCAUCAUUCGAGGCAUCCGAUAUGGCAAUGGAGGCUAUGAAUGGGCAAUUUCUGUGCAACAGGGCAAUUUCCGUUUCGUACGCUUUCAAAAAAGAUGCGAAGGGUGAACGACACGGUACAGCAGCAGAACGUAUGCUGGCUGCCCAGAAUCCCUUGUUCCCGAAGGAUCGUCCCAACCAGAUAUUCUCAGACGCUCCUGGGCGACUACCGUUCCCACCGCCGAUGCCUGGAAUGCCUCCGAUCAUUCCUGGACUUCCUGGUAUGCCUCCAAUGCCUCCACCUAUACCGAUGGGUAUGGCUUUC